UCUGUGUACAAUUGAGACCGAUAAUGCUCGUAAACGACAAAACACCGAUGCGGUUUACCGUUCGAGUUAGCGAAUGAAAAUUAGUAUCGCACGGAACGGCACGUCGCGCAUCGUUGAUUCGAUUACCGAAGCUUCUUUUCAAUUAAUUGACAUUGAUCAAUUUUACAAUGGCGCGAAGACACAGGCUAACGAUUGGAUAUAAAAUAUUCAGUAUAAUCCUCGUUCCAACGAUCUACCUGAUUUACAUAAAUACGUUAACGUUAUUUAUUCCAAACGAUACGGAUUCGAGUGCAAGUCACCCUACGGAUGCGCGAUUUCGGAAAUUGCUGCAAGCCGAACCGAUGGAGCCAGGAGGAAACAAAACUAUCAAUUGUACCCCUCCAGCGAUCAAAGAAUUUCCAUCCGAUGGACUUACGCGGGAACAAAGGGAAUCCGGGUAUAUAGCUAUACAUUUCGUGAUAGCGAUUUAUAUGUUCCUCUUGCUAGCUAUCGUUUGCGACGAUUUCUUUGUGCCAUCGAUCAAAAAGAUCUGCGACAAGAUAAACGUGACGGAGGAUGUCGCAGGGGCGACGAUUAUGGCCGCGGCUAGUUCUAGUCCGGAACUGUUCAUCAAUAUCGUAGGAACAUUUGUGACGGAAGGAGAUUUGGGUGUCGGUACUAUCGUUGGUUCCGCGGUCUUCAACAUUUUAGCCGUACCUGCUUGUUGCGGUUUAUUCGCAAGACAGAUAUUAAAUUUGGAAUGGUGGCCUGUGACUCGUGACACUAUCGCCUAUACAAUCACGGUUUUCUUAUUAAUUUUGACCCUACGGGAUGGUCGGGUUUACUGGUACGAAGCGCUCAUCCUUGUAUUCUUUUACAUUUUAUACAUCUUGGUAAUGUGUUGCAAUCGAAAUAUCCAAGGUCUCCUCAAACGGGCAACAACUAUGAGAAGAAAGUACCGAAACCUUUCCGAAAAGAGUCCCUUGCUUUCUAGUAGUGUUCUCGUUGUUUCAGACCUCGUUAAAGAUACAGACUUCCAUAUAAUGGAAUCGGGCCAGGAAGACGAGACGCUUGAAAUCGUAAACAUGACGAACUGGCCAAGUUCGACGUGCGAGAAGAUAUGGUGGAUGAUCACUUGGCCGAUUAAUUUAAUUCUCCUCAUCACGAUACCCGACUGCAGGAGAAGUAAAUUGAAAUCUUGGUAUCCUCUUACUUUUUUCAUGUGCAUAAUAUGGAUAGCAACUACUUCGUACCUAGUCGGAUGGGUCAUCACCGUGAUCGGCGAUACGUUUAAAAUUCCGGACUCCAUAAUGGGAUUGACCUUUCUCGCAGCAGGAAUGAGCGUACCGGAGGCUGUGUCAAGCGUUAUCGUUGCGAAUCAAGGACACGGAGCUAUGGGGAUAAGCAACUCGAUCGGUUCGAACGUGUUCGAUGUUCUGCUUUGUCUCGGAUUGCCGUGGUUUCUUAAAACAGCCUUCUUCCCCACGGUACCCCAGAAACAUUAUAUAAUCAUUAAUUCUCACGGGCUUGUUUAUAGCGCGGUAUCCUUAUUUUCUACCCUUACCGUAUUUUACCUGUCACUUCUCAUCGGCAAAUUUAAGCUGACACGAGCUGUUGGAAUCACUUGUCUCAUAAUGUACGUAAUUUUCUUAGCGUUCGCCUCUGUGUUGGAACUAAACAUGUUCUUUGUAGUUAAUUUACCAAUAUGCGUACAUUGAUUUCUGUAGAUACAUAACUUCCUACCUAUGUGUUUUUUUAAUCCUGUUUACGGCUUAUUCUUGACUGAUUA